UCGGUAGAACCGUGCAAGCGAGCAUAGCCGCAGACAAAAUAGAUACAUAUUACGUUUCAUUAAUCGACUUAUCUUUCCCGUACUAAAUACUAUUCAAAUAAAAUGCCGAUCUGCUAGCUAUAUGUGACCUGUGUGACUGUUUUAUUAGUCAUUAACGUUGCGUUUAUGCAACUCAUUUUGAUUGCGCAUUCCGUUAUUUCAUCGAAUCAUACAUACUCCAUUCCACUGAGAAGAUUCCGCUGCGGUAGUGCCUCCGAAAUAGUGUCAAACAGUGAAUUUCUACGUCGUGUCAAGCGUCAUUAGAAGCAACGAGUAGCGCAAUGGCAACCUACUUCGAAAUUAUUUGCGGAAUAAUCGCGCUAUUUUUCGCGUUCUAUUUCUACUUUACUUCGACUUUCGAUUUUUGGAAAGUCCGAGGAGUACCUGGACCAAAGCCUGUACCAGUGUUCGGUAACAUCAAAGAUGUAAUGUUACUAAGGACAUCGAUGUGCGCGUAUUUGAAGAAACUCUGGGAGGAGUACAAAGACGAGCCAAUGGUUGGAAUAUUUACAAGAAAAACGCCUAUACUAAUUCUUCAAGAUCCGGAGCUCAUAAAAGAUGUCCUAAUAAGAGAUUUCUCUAUAUUUGCUGAUCGGGGGAUUCCUGUUCACGAAAAGGCGGAACCACUAUCUCCACAUCUCUUCAAUUUGGAGUCACAGAGAUGGCGUCCAUUAAGAACAAGGCUCUCGCCAGUAUUUACAUCUGGCAAGCUCAAAGAGAUGUUUCCUCUGAUAUUAGAAUGUUCGAAACACUUGGAACAGUACCUCGAUAACCUAGUAGCGAAAGGCGAGCCCAUAGAAUGUCGCGAAUUAACAGCCAAAUAUACGACGGAUGUAAUAGGUAGCUGUGCCUUUGGUAUAGAAAUGAACGCGUUAUCCGACGAAGAUAGUGAAUUUCGUCGAAUGGGCAAACAAGUGUUUGCCACUUCCUUUAGGCAAAUUUUGAGAUUUAGACUUAGACAAAUAUUUCCUCACCUUUACAAUUUACUCGGUUCCAUAAUGGCACCACUGGAAAUUACUACGUUCCUCACGAAGAUAAUCGUUGAUACGAUGAAAUACAGGGAUGACAACAACAUCGUGAGGCCUGACUUUGUGAAUAUGCUUAUGGAACUUAAGAAACAUCCAGAUAAAUUGGAAAAUAUUAAGCUUACGGACACUCUACUAACGGCUCAAGCGUUCGUUUUCUUCGUUGCUGGAUUUGAGACUUCUUCGUCAGCUAUAAGCAAUGCCCUUUAUGAAUUAGCUUUAAACCCCGAGAUACAAGACAAAUUGCGGCAAGAAAUUAAAGAACACUUUGAGAAAAACGACGGUGAAUUGAAAUAUGACCAAAUAAAAGAUUUGACAUACCUGGAUCUAGUAUUUCGAGAAACGUUAAGAAAGUAUCCUGCUGGACCGCUUAUACUAAGAAAGUCAGUGAGCAGUUAUACUUUUAACAACACUAAAGUUUCCAUACCGGAAAAGACAUUCGUAUGGAUACCAUUGUACGCGAUUCAUCAUAACCCUGAUAUUUAUCCAAAUCCUGAUGCUUUUAUUCCUGAAAGAUUUAACGAUGACGCCGUUGCAUCACGAGAUUCCAUGCACUAUUUGCCUUUUGGUGACGGGCCAAGAAAUUGUAUUGGCGCCCGAUUUGCAGUUUAUCAAUCCAAAGUUGGUUUGAUAACAAUACUUCGCAAUCAUAAAGUUGAAGUUUGCGAGAAAACUAUGAUUCCGUAUGUAAUUGAUCCAGCUGCUUUCUUAUUAGCGCCGAAAGGAGGAAUAUAUCUAAAAUUAAUUAAAGUAGAAAGUUAGUACCAAAUCUUAUAAUAUUUUCGAUACGUAAUUUCACGAUUUUGAACUAGGACUUGAACCUUUGAUUAGUUUUACUUUCUUAAAUUAUUAUAUACAUAAAUUUAUUUAUAAAUUAUCAAGGAUUACAAAAAUAAAAUAUUACAUGUAUAAUAAUUUAAGGAAGUAAAACUAAUGUAACAAACAAAAGUUCAAAAUCGUGAAAUACAUACACAUCUAAAUAAAUAAGUAAAUAUAUAUAUCCCAUUGUUAAAUCGAAAGGACUCUGUAUGAGGCGGUAUCAAACUAUUAAUUACUAACACAAAAAUUAAUAUCUUCCAUGUAUCAUAGUUCCGUUAUUUAUUACAAAUUAUUAAACUGGACAGUA